AUGUUGAGCAAUCAAGAGCCUAGUACAUUGAAUUCUAUUUAUGUGUAGCUGGAAAGUCCAUGGGAAGCUUUAAUUGCUUGUUCUGAGAGUCACAAAUCCAUUGUCAAAACAGUGGGAAAAAAUGGAAUUGUACUUCAUGGCUUUCAAGAUAUGCAGUCAUCCAGAACUCAAACUUGUAUGUGUAUAAGCUUGCUGAAUUGUAUGUGUGCUUCGACUGUGCCAUUACAUUACCACAGCAUCCAACCAUUCAACGUUCCGUGCUAUGUGUAUUGCAUAGACAUCCAAAGUUUCAUUCAAGUGCUAGGGAGUGAGACAAACAACUUUAUUAGUAAUUGCUUCUCGUCCACAAGAUUUUUACUCUCACUGAAAUCGAAUGAGCUGUUGUGCCUCGUAAGGUGUCCAAGAUGUCCUGCACAAUUUGUACUGAGCAGUUCCACCAAACCCAACAGCCGAAAGUCCUGACUUGCGGACAUACUUUCUGCUUGGAGUGCAUCAGUGAUUGGUUUAGAACCCAGCAAGAACAGUCUUUUGUACCAAGCGGAACCGUACAAUGUCCUAUCUGUCGGAGAAGCACCCCCCUCCCAGCAUCUGGUGAUGGCGUCGCUUCCCUGCCAACAAAUUUUGCUCUGUUGGAUUUGGUCGAAGAAAGUGAAGCAUCCGUGGAUGAUGGCAGUGAUGUCUCUAAAACAACCUGCUCUAUACAUACCGGAAAGGCUCUUGAAUACUCCUGCGAGACAUGCAGUGGAGAGUUGGUUUGUGGGCAGUGCGUCAAGUCAAAGCAUCAACCAACAACUGGACACCGGAUCGUUAACCUCUCAACUGCUAUGGAGAGAGAGCAGAAGGAAAAAGCCGAACUCCAGAGAAAGGUUCUCGAACUCCAACAGCGAAACUCUGAGCUGAGCUGCAGUUCUUCAACUGCCAUUUCAAAACCAAACCCCAGCGACAACAACAGUCAGACCAAAUUGAAGUCUCCACUAGAGGAAAUAUUGGUAGCCAGGAGGCUUCUGAAGACUAAUCUCAGCCCAGGUGACAGCGGACUUGUUUCCAAUCCUGAUCAAGAGACAGCAGCUCUCGACAAAGCUGGUGGAGCAGUGCUUGAUGAGAUACAGAAUGCUCAAGCAAGGCUGAACAAGACAAGGUCAUUACCAAGUCCCUCUGACUUGAGCUUGUCAGGGAAGCCGACCAUCCUGCCCAAGCCUGUUCGCAGACCUCGCCCUCAUUCUGUUGUACUUUCACCAAGUUCCCAACAAAAAUCAGCAGUGAAUUCGACUGAAGAUCUUUACGGCCCAGCUCCUUCUGACUUUAGCUUAUCGGGGAGGCCCAACGCCCUGCUUAAGCCUGUUCGCAGAUCUCGCCCUCAUUCUGUUGUACUUUCGCCAAGUUCCCAACAAAAAUCAGCAGUGACUUCCGCUAUAGAUCCUUGGGGGAGGCCUAUUGGCCUGUAUGGGCCUGUUCGCAAGUCUUGUCCUCAAUUUGCAGUUUCACCAAGUUCCCAACAAAGUCGUCAACCUGGUGGAAUUGUUUGUGGGUCUCUUUUUAGUGACAAACCACCAGCAAGGAACCCCGAGGAGGAAAUUGAUACAGAAAUGCUAGCAGCCAGAAACAAGCUUGCAAUGGUUCUCCAAAGCUCACUGCCGCGUUCACCUAAACCAUAGAAUUCUCUCUGUAUCAUGUGUGGCAUGUUGUGGACAAGGGACCUCCCUCACGGCCAUUGGUGACUCUUGAACCGCUUCCGUACUGACGCAGGGCUAUGCCGCAGCAGCCUACACAAGUGGGGCUACCUUGCAUCUCUGCUUUGUAACUGUGGUGUACCCCAGAUGAUGCGCCACAUGACAGCUGACUGCCCACUCUCUCACCUUGAUGGUGGCAUCAAAGCCAUUCACCUGGCCAAGGACCUAGCUAUAAACUGGCUUACGGACUUUAGAAUGAGAUCAGAAUAGCAUACACCAUUAUCACACCUGGGCCCAAUUUCAUAAAGCUGUUGAGUGGGGCACCAGUCAUAACAAUGUGAACUUAAUGUAAAUUUGGCU